GCCCCUUUGCAACCCCACCAGGGCGGCGUGCGCGAGCCUCCGGGGGGCGCGAGUGGCGCAGCGAUGGGCGCGGCGCGCGCGCGGCGGGCGGGCGCCGUCGCUGCCGGCCAGGGAUGCCGCGUAGCCGUUCCAGCAGCGGCGCUGGCGGCGCUGGCCGCGGCGGCGGCCUUGCGCCCGGGUGCGGCCGGGGCCUUCGCGCCGCCGCCGAGGGCGCUUGGCCGGCGGAGGGCGCUGGCCGCCGCCGGCCUCGUCCUCGCCCCGGUGCUCCCCGGCCCCUGCUUGGCGGCGGGGCCGGAGGAGGGCAAGAGGCGCGGCCUGCCCGCCGACGAGCUCGCGGCGAUCGUCCGGGAGGACCUGGUGAAGAGGCAGUUCUUGGCCACCGCGGACUUCACGCGGUCGGUCUACGAUGAGUCCUGCAUCUUCACGGACGAGAUCGACGCCUACCCGAUAGACAAGUUCGUCCAGGGGACCCAGAAGCUGUUCGUCGCAGAAGAGUCCAACGUCAACUUGGUGGGUGACGUGGAGGUGCUGGACGGGGGCAGAGCCCUGCAGUUCCGCUUCGACGAGACGCUGGCCGUGAACCUCCCGCUCGUGCACCCCAAGUGGUUGGUGAAGGGCACGUGCACCCUCACCAGGGGGGACGAUGGGCUGAUCACGGCCUACAGGGAAAGGUGGGACCAGACGCCGCUGGAGGUCAUCCUCAACACCCGCCUGUGA